AUGUUGGCUAACUCAUCACUGAGUUGUACUGCAACAACUAUGUCAGCAGUUCCGUGUGCUCUUCGUGCUUGCAGGUAUGAUCAUGAUCGCCUUUGGAUGCCCAGGAGGAGGACCCUUUUCCCUUGGAUUAGAAAUGUGACUGCUAUUGUUUCAGCUUCAGCAUCCCCUGUUUCACCCGAUCAGAUGACCAGGGGCUCAACCCACCUCAAAAUGUAUCAGGAGGUUGCCAAAUCUGCAAGGCAAAAGUUCACCCAAGAAAUUUCAUUCCAGUCGAAGGACAAAGACAUCUCUCUAGCAAGGGCUCUGCUCUAUAUUGCUGCAGAGGACGAGGCCUUCGUUGCUUUCAAUCAAGAGGUGGAUGCUCGUUCACUGCUCAAUGAGAGAAAAAAUCUUUCGGUGCCAUCUCAUGCUCAGGAGUGGGAUAACGUGGAGCAGAUGCCAUUAUCUGGGAAGACAAUAACUGGAUGGCUUGGAGAGUUGGAUAUGAUUGCUAAAGAAGUUGAGGCGGAGCUAGUCUCAAGAGAGAUAGGCUGUGAUCUAGUUGAAGUUCUGGAUGCAAUAAACUUGGUUCUUUUUGAAUUCAGAGGCUUCAAGAGGUCAUCUGUUACGGAUUCUAUGUGUUCAUACUUGCACACUUUUUUGAGUACUGGUUCUGGCAAUGCAAUUUUGCUUAGCAUAGUUUACAUUGAAGUUUGUAGAAGACUCGGCAUAACCAUUGUGGGAUCCCGGGUCGGGGAGGAUUUUCUAAUAUGGCCCCAGACAGGGAAUCCAGAGGAGCUUUUCAGGGUGACUGAAGGACACAGUAUGUUUGCUAUUGUUAAUGGGAAGUGUGUGGAGGACCCUAGGUCAAGGGCAUCAGACUUAACCAGCGGUUCUCUUUUGGGACUUGAGAUUGCUACAAACCGAGACAUUAUCGGGAUUGCUCUGGCAAAUUUGAUCAGGCUCCACUGGAAACGUGCUUCAAGGUCAACUCGUGGAUUGAUGUUGACUUCUCCACUCAGGCAUGUUCAAACUACCAAGGAAUUGUUAUGCAGUAUCCAUAAUUCCAAUGUUCCUCUGCUUCGGCCUCAAGAUCUCAGAAGGGCAAUAAUGGCUUCAGAAAGGCUCUUGAUUCUGCAGCCACAUAAUUGGUCAUUGAGGAGAGACCAUGGCAUGAUGUUGUACUACAACAGGGAGUACGGGAAGGCAGUGCAAGAGCUGAGUAUUUGUAUGGCUUUUGCUCCAGAGGAAGAAGCACAAGUUCUCGAACCGUUUGUUGAGAAACUGCACCUCUUACGGCUUGAGUCAUCCUGGAAAUCCUUAGACCAUUCGGGUCAAUUGACUGUUUCUUAA